UCACAUUACAUGGUCUUUUGUCAGUUACAUAACGGGAUGUUGCGCAAGUCUGAAAGCAGACUGUAUCUUGGGAAGUCUGCCCUAAUUACUCCACACUUUGAGGUGAGAAGACCUUUGUACUUCUCUUCAAUAUAGUGUUGGGUUACAAGAAGAUCAAGUGGCACACGGCCUCUGGAGAGGAAGGUUGGCAGUCCCCCUUGUUGCAGAGUGCUGGAGCACAAAGACCAAGAUGAAAACUAUCUGUAAACAAUCCUUACUCCUCAUCUCCACCCUUCUAUUCCUCUGCACGACUGCAGAAUUGCAGGCACCUGUGGUCCACACCAAGCUGGGAAGCCUGAGGGGUGAACUAUUGACCGUGAAGGGAACUGAGAAUAAGGUUCAUUCCUUUCUGGGUGUCCCCUUUGCAAAACCACCCGUGGGCCCUGCACUGAGACUGGCACCACCUCAGGACCCAGAAGGAUGGGAGGGAGUAAGAGAUGCCACCAAACAACCACCCAUGUGUGUCCAAGACAGAGACAUCAGUGUGACUUUGGUUGAAAAGGUUUUUGGACUUCAGAUGGGAGUCCCGAAAACAUCGGAAGACUGUUUGUACCUGAACAUCUACACACCAGAAACCAGACCUCACAACAGCAAACUCCCAGUCAUGCUCUGGAUCCAUGGAGGAGGUUUUGUAAUGGGCUAUGCUUCAAUGUAUGAUGGAUCUGCCCUGGCUGCCUAUGAGAAUGUGGUUGUGGUGUCAAUCCAGUACCGCCUGGGACUCCUUGGCUUUCUAAGCACUGGUGAUGAGCACAUGGCAGGAAACUGGGGCAUGCUGGACCAAGUGCAGGCCCUGAAGUGGGUCCAGGAGCACAUUCACAACUUUGGAGGAGCCUCUAACUCAGUCACCAUAUUUGGAGAGUCUGCCGGUGGAGUGAGCGUGUCCCUUUUGCUUCUCUCACCAUUGACUGAGGGCCUGUUCCACAAAGCCAUUGCUGAGAGCGGCACUGCUGCUAUGGAUGCUAUAGUUCAGGAGAAUCCUCUGGCAAUGACUCAGAUCGUAGCCAACAUGUCUGGAUGUAGUGUUGAAUCCACAGAGAAGAUUGCGUAUUGUAUGAAGAACCUGGAUAUGGAAAUGAUCAACAUCCUUGCCAAGGUUGGGACAUUGAGCUAUCCAAUAGUCCAGGAUGGACACUUGGUGACAAAGCCAGUCAAACAGCUGUUUGAGAAUCAUGAACUUCAGAAGGUGCCGUUCAUCACAGGAGUGAACAGUGAUGAGGGCGGCUAUUUACUGACAAGUUUCUUCGCACCUCCAAACUGGACCGAGGGACUGGACCGUGAGCAAGUGCUGAACAUGAUGUCCAAGUUUCUCCCUGAUGUCAAAGUCAGAGACCUGGUGUUGAAAGAAUAUGCUGGAACCUCUGAUGACCGAGUGAAAAACAGAGACGCGUUUUCACGCUAUAUUGGAGAUUUUCGCUUCAAUGUUCCUGCUAUUGUCACGGCCAAUGCUCACCGAGACGCUGGAGCCCCUGUAUAUCUCUACGAGUUCAGGUACAUCCCAUCAGUUUUGAAGUCAAAAAGGCCAAGCUUUGUUGGAAGCGACCAUGGAGAUGAAAUCUUUUCAGUGUUUGGCUUCUGUUUCACACAGGCUCAUGUCAAAUUACCAGAUCCUUGUUUAGUCAGCGAGGAGCAAGUGAGCAGAAGCGUGAUGAGCUACUGGGGCAACUUUGCUCGCACAGGGUCUCCAAAUGGGAAGGGUCUGGUUCACUGGCCAAAGUACGACCAAGACGAACCAUACCUGGCAAUUGGAGAGGAGCAGGUGGUUGAUCAUCACCUCAAGAAGGAAGCCUUCAUUUUCAAGACUGAGACUCUUCCAAAGAAGAUCCAACAACUAUAUCAGGAAAAACAAGACCACACCGAGCUGUGAUCACAUUCCAUCUCCAUUCCAUCUGUUGGAGCUGGGACUCGCUUUUUUGAAAAAUCGGUUAAGGUUAUGAUACUUACGUUUCAUACAAGCUACUACACGGGUUGCACUAUUUCAAACUUUUUGAAGUUGCCCACAGCUUGCAACCCUAACCAAAGAAUCUGGACACAUGAGAAUUGCGGGUCUUAUUUGUUAUGAUUCAGUAUUGAUUGGGACGAAAUGGAAAAAUGGGACGUUGUGCAAUGACAGACAGGGCAAUAAUAAAGCCAUGUUAUCAUCGUUUGCACAGCCUUUGUUGGAGGUUUGGACGUUUGCGUUUCUCUCCACUUCAGUGUAUAUAUACCUUAUGUGUGAUCACCAUUAAAUGCUUCUCUAUUUCAAUCUUUUUGAAGUUGCCCACAGCUUGCAACCAUAACCAAAGAAUCGGGACUUCACAUACAUGAGAAUUGCGGGUCUUAUUUGUUAUGAUUCAGUAUUGAUUUAAAGUGUCCUGAAAUCCAUUAAAAAAAGUACA